AUGCCUGCACUCCCCUCUACGCAGACACUCGUCGUGCAGAACAAAGAUGCAGGACAGGCAGGUCGGUUGCCUCUCGCCGUGGUCAGCGGAAGGCCACUACCUCAGCUACGAACCGAUCACGAUUUGUUGGUCCGAGUUCUGGCCGUCGGCUUGAAUCCCGUCGACAUGAAGAUGGUCAAAAACUUCUUCAUGGAAGAUACACCGACUGGGUGUGAUUUUUGCGGCAUCGUGGAGCUAGCUGGACCCGCUUCGAGGAUUUCCGCGGGUUCCCGCGUCGUUGCCGGAGAGCUCCCCUAUCGUCCGGACAACCAGCACCAUGGAGGUUUCGCCCAAUACGCCGUAGCGGACAGUCGAAACGCCUUUGUCGUUCCAGAAGACUGGAGUGACACCCUUGCUGCUGGCCUGGGCAAUCUCUCCUGGGGGACCGUUGGGUUGGCCAUGUCAAAGAUUGAAGCACUCGGCCUCACGGGCAUCCCAUCCGCUCCAUCGGAGAAACCGCUGCCGGUCUUGGUGUAUGGUGCGGGGACCGCGACGGGAGUGGUGGCCAUCCAGAUGCUGAAGCAGUCUGGAUACACUGUGAUUGGCGUGUGUUCCGAGAAGUCGGCGGAGCGAGCGAUAGCCUGUGGAGCCAUUGGCACGGCCGACUACACCUCUCCGGACUGCAUCUCGCGCAUUCAGGAACUCGCGCACGGCAUGCCGAUCAAGCAUGCGUUGGAUUGCAUCACCCAGCCGGACACGGUGGAAAUCUGCUACUCCGUGCUUGCCCGACUUGGCGCUCGCUACGUGUGUUUAGAAAACUGUCCUGAAUCGUGGCGACCGCGGAAAUCCGUAAAGGUCAAUGUGGUCAUGGGCUAUGAAAUGCUUCCGUAUGAUAUUGACCUGGGCAAUUCCCUCUACACGCGGAAAAGCAAUGCACAGUCGGUGCAAAUCACACGGGUGUGGGUGGAGGAGGUUCAGAAGUUGGUCGAUGCCGGCUCCAUCAAGCCGUUGCCGAUUGAAGAGCUCGAGGGAGGGUUUCAUGGCAUUAUUGAGGGGUUGGAGAUGAUCCAGAAGGAGCAGGCGGGAGGAAGGAAACUAGUGGUUAGGGUUUCGGGAGGAGUUUGA